CGGGGAGGGGGGGUGAACACAAUAAAACCCUCAGGUACAUCUGCUUUGCAAUCUGCAAAUCCUCCUCCUUCUCCAUUAACCCCUCCUCUCUCUCUCUCUCUCUCUCUCCAUCUCUCCAUCCUCCCACACCCACUCUCCUCCAAAUCCACGGGGAGCUCGGCUCCUCCUGAUUGGUCGAGGAUGAGGCAACGAGGGGCACGAGAACAAUGUCAUCGUGUGGCCUUAAAAAGAGUGCAGCAAUGUUUGAGCUGAAGACACCAGAGCAGCAGCAGGAGAAGAAGAGCAGAGGACCUUCAUCAUCAUCGUCAGGAGGAGGAGAAGGAGAGCAGAGUCAGAUGUUUGUGAGAAUCUGAAAGUGGAUUUUUCUUCUUCUUUUUCUCGGUGAAGUUUCUCCUCGUGCUUCCUUCAUCAUGCCCAGAGGAUUCCUGGUCAAAAGGAACAAGAAAACCAACCCGGUCUCUUACCGGGUCCGGUCUGAUGAGGAGGACGCGGAGCAGACAGUAACGGACGCGUCCUCUUCUUUAUCAUCCUCCUCCUCUGUCUCCGCGCCUCUCCCGUGCGUCCCGGUGCGCGCACAGACGCCGACGCCCUCCUGUGGGGCGGCGGCAACGGCCCCGGAGCAGGGGCUCAGACCGGUUCAGUUCGGAAACCCGGAGGUGGUCUACCAGGCGCUGUACAGCCCCACGCGCCCCGUCAGCCGCGACCACGAACGCUCCUACUUCGACAGACGCUUCAACCUCGGCUCUCCGGUUUCCGCGGAGUCGUUCCCCACACCGGCGGCGCUCACCGGCCUGGAUCACCUGUUCGCCCCGGUGGACCUGAAGAUCGGCUCCAGCAACAGCAGCCGCACCGGCACCGGCGCCGCGGCACCCGCCGUGACGCACCACAGCGCCGGCACCAAGCGGCAGAGCGGCGACGCGGAGCGCAAACACAAACCCGCGGCAAAGAAAACCAAAGCGAUCCGCAAACUGCACUUCGAGGAUGACGUCACCACGUCCCCGGUUCUCGGGUUGAAGAUUAAAGAGGCGCCGGUGGAGCAGAGCAGCCCGGGACCGCAGAGCAGCGGCGGGGACAACAACCCGCUGCAGGGCGGCUUCGUGUGCCAGCUGUGCCGCGAGGCGUACGUGGACCCGUUCGCUCUGGCGCAGCACAAGUGCUCCAGGAUCAUCCGGGUCGAGUACCGGUGUCCCGAGUGCGACAAGGUGUUCAGCUGUCCCGCGAACCUCGCCUCACACCGGCGGUGGCACAAACCGAAGCAGCAGAGCGGAGCCGAGAGCGAAAAAGCGGCAGCGGCAGCCGCCAACGCGGCAGGAAAGAGCGCGCAGGAGGAGGCGAAGGAGUCUAGUGACAGGGACACGCCCAGUCCCGGACCGUCCGAGUCCGGAUCAGAGGAAGGUCUGUACGAGUGUCAUCACUGCGCGAAGAAGUUUAAGCGCCAGGCGUACCUGCGGAAACACCUGACGUCACAGCACGGCUCCGCGAAACCCGCCGCGCACGAGGAAGACGAAGACGAGGACGCGGACGCGGCGCCGCUCAACCUGAGCGCCUCCACCUGUCACGUGUGUCCGGUGUGCGGGGAGAACUUCACCAGCAGGGGGAGUCAGGAGCGACACGUCCGCCUACUGCACUCCUCACAGGUGUUUACGUGCAAGUACUGCCCCGCCCUCUUCUACAGCUCACCAGGACUCACGAGACACAUCAACAAGUGCCACCCGUCUGAGAACCGGCAGGUGAUCCUGCUGCAGAUGCCCCUGCGCCCUGCAUGCUGAUCCCGGGGGAUUACACUGCAAAAAAAAUACACGGCAAAUUCAUCUCUGGAGAAAAACAUGU